AUUGCCAGGCAACCUGGCCAGCUGUCACUCACCCCCACCGACUUUAAAAAGGGGGUGAUGAGGAGAAGCCGCCAGAACCACAGCCAGCGCCUCACAGCCAAGACCAGCACCAAGACAAUCCAGCACAGUUCCACCAGGUUCAGCCCAGCUCAUGAUGAGGUUCUCUGGGAUCCACUGCUCCUAGCCCUACUGGGUCUGUCUCUGGUUCUGUGCAGCCACAGCGCCAGCUCACAGCCGGACCUGGACCUGGACCUGGACCUCCGUCACCAUAGGCUACUCCAGAGAGCUCGUGCUGCUGGCAUGUCAACACAGGAAUGGAGUAAGCGUGCGGUGGAGGACCUGCUCUCUCAGCUGUCCCUACCAGAGGAAGAGACUCAGGACAGGGAGGUCUCUACGGUGGGGGCCGCCAAAGAUGACCUCCACAUGGAACGUUCUGCGGAGACCAACAACAUUCCGCCUAAGGAUCGCAAAUCUGGCUGCAAAAACUUCUUCUGGAAAGGGCGUACUUCCUGUUGAGUCUCCGUCCACUGUUACACUACUCAAUCAAUGAACAUCCACUGCGGUUCAGCCCUGAGUAAUCUGAUGUAAUGGCAUGCUGGUUGAGUGGCUCUAAUCUCCUCAAUGGAUAUGUAACUUGUGUAAAUUAUUGAAAUAAAAGUAAAGCUUCAAUUACA